AUAAACAAGCGGAAAUCAUUUCUAAAUUCAAAAGGUUUCACAAAUCCUUGUUUGGUUUCUAAGAAAAUUCGAAGCUCUCCGGGAAAAUGUCGGGAAGAGGGAAGGGAGGAAAGGGGCUCGGAAAGGGAGGAGCCAAGAGGCACAGGAAGGUUCUGAGGGAUAACAUCCAAGGAAUCACGAAGCCGGCGAUUAGGCGGCUGGCGCGUAGAGGAGGAGUGAAGCGAAUCAGUGGUCUGAUAUACGAAGAGACCAGGGGAGUGCUCAAGAUCUUCCUCGAGAACGUCAUCAGAGACGCCGUGACUUACACGGAGCACGCCAGGAGAAAGACUGUGACCGCCAUGGACGUCGUCUACGCUCUGAAGAGGCAAGGAAGAACUCUCUACGGUUUCGGCGGUUAGAUUUGGUCUAUUGUUAGUGCUCUGUUGUAGAUCAGGUAGGCUUGGUUGCGAUGCUUUUGUAUUUUGUCGAUUUCAAAACCUUAAAUCGUUAAAAUCACCUUUUGGUGAAGAAAACCAUUGUUCUCAAGUUGUGCGUUGUGGAUUGGGUUUCGGCGAUUAUUGAUUACUAGUACGAGAUGAACAUUUUCAUUUCAGUGAGAAUGGAUAAAACCCAAUUGCUUA